GCCGUGGUGGACACAGACGGACGCGCGCGGACAGGACAAAGGACGGGACAGCGAGCGGUCGUCUGCGCAAGGACAGCACCAUGGUGGGCCACGACGGGGUCGGCAUCGGCGACUUCGUCCUGCUCGAGGUCAUCGACAAGGACCACUUUAUGCAGAAUUUGGAAAAGAGAUUUUCUGGAGGAUGCAUUUACACGUAUAUUGGAGAAGUCUGCGUAUCGGUGAACCCGUACCGGACAGUCAACAUUUACGACCAAGAGCAAGUAAACAAAUACAAAGGUCGCGAGAUCUUUGAAAACCCGCCUCACAUCUUCGCCAUCGCUGACUCUGCCCACAAAGUGAUGAAACAACAGGGCAGGGACACGUGCAUCGUCAUCAGCGGAGAGUCGGGCAGUGGAAAAACCGAGGCUUCAAAAAUUAUCAUGAAGUACAUCGCAGCCGUCACCAACGCCGGCGGGCAACAAGAAAUCGAAAGGGUGAAAAAUGUGCUGCUGCAGUCGAACGCGAUAUUGGAGACGUUCGGCAACGCCAAGACCAACAGAAACGACAAUUCGUCGCGCUUCGGCAAGUACAUGGACAUCAAUUUCGACUUCAAGGGCGACCCUGUUGGCGGAAACAUCUCCAAUUACCUCCUAGAGAAAUCGAGGGUCAUUUACCAACAGCCUGGAGAGAGGAACUUCCACUCAUUUUACCAAUUGUUGUUCGGCGCCUCUGACUCUGACCUGAGCAAAUUGCGGCUGAAGAACAAGGUGGACAAUUAUUUCUACGUGAACCAGGGCAACGCCGCCAGCGUCCGCUCCAUCAGUGACAGGAGCGACUACAAGGCCACGCAGUCCGCCUUCCGCACCCUCGCCUUCUCUGACCACGAAAUCGACACCAUCUGGAGGAUCGUCGCCGCCAUCCUCCACCUGGGCAACGUGAAGUUCCGCCCGGACAACGAGUCUGUGAAGCUGGACGACCCGGGUGUGUUGGACACGAUUUCGGGGCUGCUCUCUGUGACGAACCAGGAACUGCGGCGGGCGCUCUGCGAACGGGUGAUCGCGGCCAAGGGCGAGGUGAUGGCCAAGACGCACAACGAGGCGCAGGCCAACUACGGCCGCGACGCCUUCGCCAAGGCCGUCUACGACAGACUCUUCUCGUGGAUCGUGCAGAAGGUGAACCGAGCCAUCAACCUGAAGGACGAGGAGAGCAGCAGGUACCGCCAGAAGACCACGGUCAUCGGCGUGCUCGACAUCUACGGCUUCGAGAUCUUCGACGUCAACAGCUUUGAGCAGUUUUGCAUCAACUACUGCAAUGAGAAGCUGCAGCAGCUCUUUAUCGAGCUGGUGUUGAAGCAGGAGCAGGAGGAGUACCAGAGAGAAGGCAUCCAGUGGCAGAACAUCGACUACUUCAACAACCAGAUCAUCUGCGACCUGGUCGAGCAGUCCCACAAGGGAAUCAUCGCCAUUUUGGACGAGGCCUGUCUCAACGUAGGAAAAGUCACUGACGAGAUGUUGGUUGAAGCCAUGGACCAAAAACUGGCCUCGCAUAACCACUACUCAAGCAGGCAACUAAAGCCGAUGGAAAAGGACCUGAAACACAAGGAAGACUUCCGCAUCAGUCAUUACGCCGGAAAAGUGACGUACAACAUCAACGGCUUCCUGGACAAGAACCGCGACGCGUUGUUCCAGGACUUCAAACGGCUUCUGUACAGCUCGAGCAACCCAACGGUCAAGGAAAUGUGGCCCGAAGGCGCCAUGGACAUCUUCCAGACCACCAAGAGGCCUCUGACUGCGGGAACCUUGUUCAAGAACUCGAUGAUCGCGCUGGUCAAGAACCUGGCCUCCAAGGAGCCCUACUACGUCCGAUGCAUCAAGCCCAACGAGAACAAAUCACCCGUCCAGUUCGAUAAAGAACAGGUUCUGCAUCAGGUGAACUACCUGGGUCUGAUCGAAAACGUUCGCGUGCGUCGUGCCGGCUUCGCUUAUCGUCAGCGGUACGACCUGUUCCUGCGGCGCUACAAGAUGAUCAGCCAGUACACGUGGCCCAACUUCCGCAGCGGCAACGACAAGGACGGCGUCAAGGUGUUGAUGGACGAGCAGGGCUACAGCGACGACGUCAAGUACGGCAAGACCAAAAUCUUCAUCCGCUCGCCGCGCACGCUCUUCUCGCUGGAGCAGAAGCGCAGCCGCAUGAUCCCUGGCAUCGUGAUCCUGCUGCAGAAGCAGUGGCGCGGCGCCAUCUGCAGGCGCAGGUACAAGAAGAUGAAGGCCGCCCUGACCAUCAUGAGGGUCUACCGCCUCUACAAGAUGCGCUCCUACUUCCAGGCUCUUCAGGCUAUCUUCUUCAACCCUGAGGAUAACUACUGGAACGUGUCGUCACGGAGAGACUUUGGAAAGUCCCUGCGCUGGCCCAAUCCGCCGCUUGUGCUCAGGAAGGGUGUGAAGAACCUGAAGGCCAUUCACGAGAGAUGGAGGGCUUGGAUGAUCAUCAAGAGGAUUCCCCAGGAAGACUGGCCUCAAGUCAGAUACAAGGUGAAGGCAUGCGACGCCCUGAGCAACAAGAGGUCCUACUACGGCCUCAGCAGAAGGUGGGAGGGUAACUACCUGGCCCUGAACAAUGAGAAUUCGGACUCGGUGCAGUACAACCACACCAUCAACAACAUCAAGAACAAAGACAAGUUCAAAAAGGUGCUGUUUUCAUCCUUCAUCAAGAAGACCAACCGUUUCAACAAGAGCGCGGACCGUGCAUUGCUGGUGACCGACACGGGUGUCUACAAACUGGACGCGAAAAAGCUGAACUUGAUGAAGCGAGUCCUCUCGAUCCAGGAGAUCACGGGCGUGAGUUGCAGCCCAGGAACUGACCAGCUCAUCGCCAUCCACUCGAGUCUGGGCAACGACCUGGUCGUCGCCCUUGAGCCCAGGGACAAUCAGGACAGGGUUGGCGAACUCGUCGGUGUCAUUUGCCACAGAUACUUCGAGGUGUGCGGGCGAGACCUGAACGUGAAUGUAAACAUGCACUUCCAGUGCAAACUGGGCAACAAGAGUCGCAGCGUGAAAAUCGAACUGUCGAACGAGGCCCAGAGCGGCAUGUUCAAGAAGGACGGCCAAAACGUCUUGUACCUGCUGCCCCUGCAGAACUCCAACAACUUGAUUAACACGAAGCAGGCGAUGCAGUAACACAUUGAAAAUGUCGGUGCCACCUGCGUAUAGAUUAUUUCAUACACACACACACUGCAAACACAGUAUUCCGGUUGAGAAUCAACUGACGUGCCAGUCUCGCCUCCGAAGGGAAAAGCCGGGCUUUUACCUCCAACGCGUUAACCACAGAAACACAAACACGAUUAAUUAUUUUUACCACGCAGUCACAUCAGUUAUGACUAUUACCAUUUUUAGCCUUUUUAAUGGACCUUUCGAAAUCUGUGAUAAGUGUCUUUUUGUGUCAUGUCGAAAGCUUAGGGAGAUGUGCAUUUAAAUGCUAUUAUUUUAUGUGUAUAUGUUUGUUCACUCGUUAGGAGCCGACGCACAGUUUCAGCUGAGAAAGCGCCUUUUUACGUAGGGUUCCCUUCGAUAACAAUCAAUAUGUAUAUUUAUUUCCCUGUUCUUUUCAUACAAUAAAUUUGUAUAUUAAACCGAA